GCGCUUUGUUGUUCUUUCGGGACAGAAAAGACAGAGAAAAUGAAUUUUAACUCGCUUUAAACAACCCAGGUCAAACAAAGAUACCGUCGUAUUUGAUUCAGCGUAAUCAAACGCCAACCGGGUGAGGAGUUAAUCCGGUGUCGUCUGCAGGAAAACUGGCAUAUUUGUGGGACUAAACAAGCUGAACAUUGAGCUAGCAUUAGCAGUCCAGAUAGGAGCGGAAGGGGAUAAAUCCUUGCUAGGAUGCCUCACGCAAGUUGGAUAAAGCUGUACUUUACAGAUCCUCUUGGAUGCAUGGCACUUUAACCCUGAAGUAUGUGUCUGUCUGAGUGGUAAUCAAGCUGCAGGAACAGUUUUAUGGUGGUUUUGUAACUGUUUUUAACCAGUUUAGCGAGUUAGCCACGUAGCUACGUAGCCUUUCUGUAGGGAAGACAUUUAAAAUGGCGGAAGACUGGCCCAUUCCUUCGGCCCUCGUCUUCAUGCUUUUGAGUUUGAGUGCCUGGGCCCUUGAGUCCUGUCCGACUCCUUGCUCGUGUUCCGAGGGACAAGAUGGGCUCCAUAUCCUGGACUGUAAUAGAAAAAGGCUGUCGACGGCUCCCCUGAACCCACCAGAUGGGAUAAACCAAGUGACCAUGAACCAUAAUGAGCUGACUGCUCUUCCAUAUCUUGGAGAUGUUUCCUCAAACAUCACCUCGCUGUCAUUAGUCCACAAUCGUAUCUCAGAGCUUUCAAUGCUUCAGCUGCAGCCGUACGUUUCCUUGGAGACGCUGGACCUGACAUCUAACUCUAUCUCUGAGCUCAAAGUUGGAUCCUUUCCCUCCAUGCAACUAAAAUAUCUGAAUUUGAGUAAUAACAAGAUCAGCGUCCUCGAGCCUGGCUGCUUUGAAAACAUCUCCAGCUCCCUGCUGGUGCUAAAGCUCAACAGGAACAGAUUAGUUGUGCUGCCAUCCAAAGUCUUCAAACUUCCACAGCUUCAGUUCCUUGAAAUGAAGCGUAACAAGAUCAAGAUAGUGGACAGCCUGACAUUCAAAGGGAUGGACUCACUGAGAUCACUGAAGAUGCAAAGGAACGGCAUCACGAAGCUCAUGGAUGGAGCCUUUUUCGGACUGAAUAACAUGGAAGAACUAGAGUUGGAGCACAACAACCUAACCGAGGUCAACAAGGGAUGGCUGUAUGGCCUGCGCAUGCUGCGUAUCCUGCGGGUCAGCCAGAAUGCUGUCGGCAUCAUCCGACCAGACGCCUGGGAGUUUUGCCAAAAGCUGGAGGAAUUAGACCUGUCCUUCAAUCAUCUGACUAGGCUGGAGGAGACAGCGUUUGUAGGAUUGGGCCUCCUGGAGAGCCUGAACCUGGGAGAGAACUCCAUCAGCCAUUUGGGAGAGGGAGUGUUCAGUAGCCUGGCCAGUCUGCGCACGCUAGAUAUCCGCAAUAAUGAAAUCUCCUGGGCAAUUGAAGACUCCAUCGGUGUGUUUGAUGGAAUGAAAAAGCUGAACACACUAAUCCUGCAGCGGAACAAAAUCAAAUCGAUCACCAAGAAAGCUUUUGAGGGGCUGGAGGAGCUGGAGCACCUGGACCUCAGCAAGAAUGGCAUCAUGUCGAUACACCCUGAGGCGUUGUCACAUAUAAAGCUCAAAGUGUUUGUCCUGAACACAAGCAGCCUGCUGUGUGACUGCCACAUGCAGUGGCUGGGGCCCUGGCUCACUGACAGCCAGUUCCAGCAGUCUGUGUCCGCUGUCUGUGCCCAUCCAGCCAGCCUGCUCGGUCGCAAUGUCCUUUCGAUCAGCCCAGAAGAGUUUGUUUGUGAUGAUUUCCCCAAACCACACAUCACAAGUCACCCAGAGACUUCUGUGGCACUGCGGGGGAAUAACGUCACUCUGAGCUGCGUUGCGUCCAGCAGCAGCGAUUCGCUGAUGACCACGGCGUGGCGGAAGGAUGGCGAGGUGCUGUACGAUGCGGAAGUGCAAAACUAUGCACAGUACCAGGAGGGAGAGUUGAUCUACACCACCGUGCUUCACCUCCUCAAUGUCAACUUCACUGAUGAGGGGCGCUACCAGUGUGUGGUGUCCAAUCAUUUCGGCUCUAACUACUCCAACAGGGCCAAGCUUACUGUCAAUGAGCUGCCAUCCUUUCUUAAGACACCCAUGGAUCUGACUAUCCGGACUGGGACUAUGGCCAGGCUGGAGUGUGCUGCUGAAGGCCAUCCAUCACCCCAGAUUGCUUGGCAGAAAGAUGGAGGCACUGACUUCCCUGCCGCCCGAGAGCGCAGGAUGCACGUGAUGCCAGACGAUGACAUCUUCUUCAUUGCCAAUGUAAAGACAGAAGACAUGGGAGUGUACAGCUGCACGGCUCAAAAUGCGGCUGGCAGUCUGUCAGCGAACGCUACGCUCACCGUCCUGGAAACUCCAUCCUUCAUGCGGCCAUUGGAAGACAGAACAGUGGCUCGUGGCGAAACUGCCGUGCUUCAGUGUAUUGCCGGAGGCAGCCCUGCCCCCCGCCUCAACUGGACCAAAGAUGAUGGACCCUUGGUACUUACAGAGCGCCACUUCUUCGCUGCUGCUAACCAGCUCCUUAUUAUAGUUGAUGCUGGACCUGUUGACGCUGGGAAGUACACCUGCAUCAUGUCUAAUACUCUGGGAACAGAGCGUGGUCACAUCUACCUGAGCGUCUCACCGUCACCAAACUGCGAUACCGGCGUGGGGUACGACCAGGACGGCUGGACCACCGUGGGCAUCGUGGUGAUUGUGGUGGUGUGCUGUGUGGUUGGAACCUCACUGGUCUGGGUCAUUGUCAUCUACCACAUGCGCAGGAAGAGCGAAGACUACAGUAUCACCAAUACAGAUGAGAUGAAUUUACCAGCAGACAUCCCCAGCUAUCUAUCCUCUCAGGGUACUUUGUCAGAGCCUCAGGAAGGCUACAGUAACUCUGAGGCUGGCAGCCACCAGCAGCUCAUGCCUCCUCUCUCUAAUGGAUAUGUCCAUAAGGGCACAGAUGGUGUGUGUUAUGGAGACACGGGCAGCGAGGUGGAAACCGAGGGCAACGGCAUGCUGCACUGCAGGGUCGGCUCUCUGUUCACCGGCCGCAGCAGCUUCCACCCUGGGGAAGCUCGCGAGGGACUAGCUGGAGUCCCUGCAGGUGGUGCAGUACCACUGGUCAUCUGCUCCGACUGCUAUGACAACGCCAACAUCUACUCUCGCACACGGGACUAUUGCUCCUACGCCUAUCUGGGGGAAGACGACCCGCUAGACAAGACUCUACCAGGCCUGAAGGAGAGCUUCGGCGAGCAUCCCCAGCACGAGGACCCGACACUGGAGAGCCUCAUUACUAACCGAGACUCCUCCGUCUUUCUCACCUCACACGACAAAAGGUUGAGCAGCCACACUCCCCCGGAGCACUACACUAAUGAUUCUCUUAGCAGGUCAUUCUGGGGGGAAGGCGAAGAUCCAUCCUCAAAACCCCAACCAGGCACGUCCCAGCACCCAGUGACUGUACACAGGACACCUCCUCUGACCUCCUCUGCUGACGGUGCAGAGGAGCAGAGCGGAGCAGAGGUGGACUGCUUCUCCAACCAAUGCACACAGAAUCACAGAAGUGCCUCUAAUAGGACUAACCCUCAGGAGCAACCCGCUCCCACAUAGGUCCAAACACUACACCCAUGUUCUGCCUCUGACUCUUUGUCGCUGCACCCCCUCCUCCUUCACCCACUACCUCCUCACAUUCUGCCAAAGAUGCUCUCUUGUAUGUUUACAUUCCCCUUUUUUCACUCAAGAGGACAUGCUGAAUUUCUCCACUGUGGACAGACUGCUGUGUCAGGCUGGGAAAAAAUGGACCAAUGAUUAAAGUGACCUCCUCCUUGACACCUUCAACUCUGCAGGACCCCAUUCACACACACACACACACACACACACACACACACACACACACACACACACACACACACACACACACACACACACACACACACACACACACACACACACACACACAAAACACACACACACACACACACACCACUAUUCUUUGUUCUCUUUCUAGAGAAAGCUAUGAAUGUAUGCUUUAAAGAGCUAUGUCGGAUGCUGCCAUGAGAGAAACGCCAAGAUUAUGGCAGUGUCCUCACAAGCUCUCUCCUCCGUCCUAGCUGCUGUGGGGAUCAAAUUGCGUGCUAGUGCGCAUCACACUGGCAGUUUUGUCUCAUCAUUCCUGGUACAGACACCUGUUGGAGCAGCCUGCAUGACGUCGGUAGAAUCAGGAACCGCCUCUUCCCAAGUGGGCAAAAAGGGGUUAAAACGGGGGACAAUUCCCUGACCAGCAGUUUGUGGUUGUUCAUACAGGAAAAGAACCUUGAAAGCAUACAUCCACACAUUCCCACAGCCAUCCCCUAAUGACUCUAAACUAUGCUAUCUGGUACCGUGUUAUGCAAAUCCCAGAGACAGUGACACCAAAAUGUGGUGUAUAUUAUGAAUAUAUAUGAAUAUAUCCUAUAUCAUCUUUAUCUGAGUUUGUUUUCGUCCAAUGUCAAACGCAGUUGUUUAUUCCUUCAUUUUAUGUCUUUGAAAUAAUAAGCAGUUUGGGGAGAAAGCGUACAAUUUUUUGCACAUGUGACAAUCAAUGGUUUUGCUGGCUAUUGUUUCAUGGUUGUCUAUUGGGUGGCCUUUUUUUUUUAACAAGCAUUCUCAGUAACCUCUAUCAGGUGACAUUAUGGUUUAUAUAGACAGUAUGCACUGAUUUGUUUUCCCUUAUCUAUCUUACAGGCACUUAAUUUAAUGGUGGUAAACUUUAUUAUGCAGUGUGCAUGUCAUUUUACAUUGUGAUGAUUUAUCGUCACAGUUUGAUCUCAAAGUUCAUGAUCCUUCCGUAGAUGUUGAUAAAGAUUUUCACUUGGGACUGUGAAAAAUGAGAAUGUAUUAUAUUAUUUUAUACAUGUACGUAUGUUAUUUUAUACAUGUGUGUUUGUGUGUGUGUGUGUGUAUUAGGGCUGAACAAUUUUGAAAAACUAUAUAUUUGCGAUUAUUUUGACUGAUAUUGCACUUGAGAUAUUAUUUGCAAUAUUAGAGGGAAUGAUAAUUUUUACAUCACUGUUCUUUAAUUGAAAAAUAUUAAAAUGAUUAUGGUGUUAUUAUUGCAGGGAUCUGUACCAAACAAAGUUGUUUUGUUUUCUGAAGUCUGUAGAAUAUGUGUAGGUGAUGACACCUCUGCAGCACAACAAUAUUUAAUUUAAAAUGACACAUUUUUCCUUUAACAAAUAUCGCACCUCCUGCGAUUUUAAAAUUGCAGUAGCCUUUAUUGCGAUUUCGAAAAAAUUCAGAUGAAUUGUUCAGCCCUUGUAUGUAUAUGUAUGUAUGUUUGUGUACAUAAGGCUAGUAAUCUAUUAAAUUCCAUGUCCUACUAGUCCAUUUGCAGAGGGGUUUGAGACAUAAGCUGCAGUAACUUUUAAAACACUCAAUAGAAGCCUUUAUUGUCCCAGAGUUAUCUUUGUUUUUACGUGUCACUUCAGGUAACAGGAUGAAAAAAUGUUCUUCAGAAAUGUGUAUCAUUGGCUUCAUAGCAAUUUAACAGCUGCCAACUUCAGCUAACUGUACUGUUUCCAAGACGUCAGCUGUUAGGCUGCUUUGAGGAUUUGAAAAUGCUUUUGUGCAAAGGAAAUUAGUCCUGUUUGAUCUUAUGAGUUCUCCUUAAAAAUCCUCUUGAUUAUUGCACUUCAGAGUUGCUCAGAUGUGAUUGGCUUUGGCUUUGUUUGUGACUCUCAGAAAUCUCCCAUUUCCUCAAUAAUAUAUUAAGCAAAUGAUGUUCUACUCAUUCUUCAUGGGUAUCAUGUCUGACAACACAUUGCUUUCCGUAUUUGAAAGUUUUUCAUUGUUGUUAUUUCCAUUAUGGUGAUAAUCGGUACAGUCUGCUCUUCUCUUUUUGAUCAAGACGGGACCUGUCAUGUUCCUUCUCCCUCUGUAGUAGUGCUACACUGAGUUUUUGAGGGUGCUGAGUUCAAACACUAACAAUCAAGAAUGCUGAAAAAGUUAAUCUACAGGGCAAAUGUGUGAUUGUGUAAGUUGAUGCUACAGUUUUGAUUUAAAAUGUCACAAAGUGGAACACAGCCAAACAAGUUAUAUUUGUUUUGUUUUAUCACGUGUGCGGUAAGCAGCAAAUGGUAUCGGUACGCCUCCGCCUCCUCAGUGGUACUUGCAUAAAUGACUUGCAUGUCAGUCUUGCACUCUCUUUUUUUUGUUCUAACUUAUUUUCAUGUCUUUCCACUCAUGUUUGCCUUUUAUUACCAAAUCAGCGCAUUCCAAUCCUAUUCCUCUGAAUUUGGGAUUAGCCAGAAAGGUGUCGACCAAGUGUUUUCUUUUCUUCUUCUUUUUUAAGCUAACACUACAACCAAUUUGACUCAGACUUUUCCUCUGUAUUUUGACACAGUUCUUGCUUCAGUGUAAGCAGAUUGCUGUUGAUGUUUUCUGACUAUUGGCCAAGGUCAGUUUCAUGCACCUCUUAAGCAAUUCAGAAAUUGAAAUGUAAAUUCACAGUGAUAAGUCAUCAUAAUGGAGUUUAAUUUCCAGGGGGCAUACAUCGAUUCACUGUUCAAUAUCAUUUCUGCCAACACAGCGCCAUAUAAUGUGCAUUUGUAUUGUUUAAUUCUCUGAACGUCCUUUAUGACUUUAUACCAAAGUUUAGCAGUAAAUGCUCUGGCAAUAUUCCAUGCUGCUUUUUUUUUGUAUUGUUGAAGUUUUUGCAUUUUAUUUUCAAUAGUAUUUUGUUUACCUGUACAUUCUGUAAAGCAUGUCUAAAGAGCCUUUUUGUUACGUAGCCAUUACUCAAACAUUAAACAUGAAUUCUGAUAAUUUGGUUUGAAUUGUGAAUGUGUGCCUCAAAGCUUUUCUCAGGUAGAAAAUAUGAAACCAGGGUUGAAACUUAAUUAUGUUCUCCAUCAUUUA